CAUUUUCUCGUUUCCCAAACAAAGGGAAAGAGAGGGAGUGAAAAAUUACAUGUAUGUACUCUUCUUCCCCCUCUGGGACAAGCGAACUUGAACUGAAAGCCACGUCGAUCUGUUAUCAGUUCUGUCAUUUUCUGCCCCAAUUUCCCUGAGAAAGUCCGCCAUAGAUUUUUCAGCUCCUGCUUCAAUCAUGCUUCCCACCCGUCAUGAUCGCUAACGACUUCGAAUUUGAGAUUCGGUUCAGUUACUUCAAUUGUUCUUAUAUCCGUGUAAAAUUGAUUUGUUCCGCCAGGUGUUUGAUUUAAGGUCAAUGAGAGUUCAUUAAGUAUGCUAUAGAAUCUAUUGCUGCAUAUUGCACAUUUUAUUUUUUUACAAAGGACAAGGAAUAUGGACUUUGCAUGUAGUUUCCGGCAGCCUAAUGUGCUUAAUGGCGGAGAAGGAACGAGUUAUAGGACCUCAGAUUGUUUCAAUUCGCGCAUGAAGUUCAGAUGUAGAAGUUUUAGUUAUAAGUUUCUUGGCAACUCUAGGCUUGUCCCAAAAGCCUAUGGGCCAAAAAAGUUGAAGAAAAUCACUGUAUGUAGUGGUAGUUCUAAUUCCAGUAUGCUUAUUAAACGCGAACCUAAUUGUCAUUUGUGGGGUUAUAAUUCACGGAGGUCCUUGAUUUGUAAUUUUGAUCACGUUUCAAGGUCAUCGAGGGCCCUAGUUUGGUCAAAGUGUCAAGGAAAUGAUUCAGUUGCCUUUAUUGAUGGAAAUGGUCGAAAUGUAGAAUUUGCAGAAAGUAGUACAGAAGAUAACUCAAGACACGGGGCUAUUGUUGAGCCAAAGGAUUUGAGAGAAGAAGUUGGAGAAGAAGUGGAGGUUCCUAGUUUGGAUGAAUUAAGGGAAUUGUUACAGAAGACACUCAAGGAAUUGGAGGUUGCGCAGCUUAACAGUACCAUGUUUGAGGAAAAGGCUCAGAGAAUAUCAGAAGCCGCGAUAGCAUUAAAGGAUGAAGCAGCAAAUGCUUGGAAUGAUGUUAAUUCCACCCUUGAUACCAUUCAAAAGCUUGUUGAUGAGGAAUCUGUUGCUAAAGAAACUGUUCAGAAAGCGACAAUGGCCCUUUCUUUGGCCGAGGCAAGGCUUCAGGUGGUGGCGGAAUCAUUGGAAGCUGCAAAAGAAAGGGACGUUUCUGUAGAAGCUUCUGGAGAGAAUGCUUUAGAAUAUGAAACUGGAGGAGAAGAAUCAAAAUUGUUGAAGGAAAAGGAGGAAGCUCUCUUGGUUGCUGAGGAUGAUAUUAGACAGUGUCAGUCAACUUUGGCAAAUUGUGAGGCGGAGCUUAGACUGUUGCAGAGCAAAAAAGAGGAGCUUCAGAAAGAAGUGGACAGGUUAAAUGAGGUUGCAGAGAAAGCUCAGAUGAAUGCUUUGAAAGCAGAGGAAGAUGUGGCAACGAUAAUGCUUUUAGCAGAGAAAGCUGUUGCUUUUGAACUUGAGGCUACACAACAUGUUAAUGAUGCGGAGAUUGCAUUACAGAGAGCAGAGAAAAAUCUCUCCAACUCUCGUAUUGAUAGCCUGGAAACUGCAGUACACCAAAAUGGAUCAUCGUCCCAGGGACAGGUGCUGAGUGAGGAGGCAUCUGUUGAGGAGGAGAAGGUGAUUCUGGAAAAUUCAGUUGAUUUUAGUAUUGAGAGAGACAGCGAUGUGCCAACUGAGGUUGAUUAUUCAAUAGGUGAGCCCUUAGCAGAUGGCAAGGUGGAUAUGCCCAGCCAAAAGUUUGAAGAUUCGAAUUUGUCUGAUGGAAGUGUUCAAGGGAACGGAAAAAUAAGUGUAGACACAUUAAAAGAGAGUGAAGUAGAUACAGAAAAGUCAAAGAACGUGGUUCAAACAAAAAAACAGGAAAUGCAGAAGGAUUGGACGAGGGACAGUUCACCAUUAAAUGCACCAAAAGCAUUAUUGAAGAAAUCAUCUCGUUUUUUUUCUGCAUCGUUCUUCUCUUUCGCUGUAGAUGGAACCGAGUUCACACCGGCAUCAGUUUUUCAUGGCAUCAUUGAGUCUGCAAAGAAGCAGUUGCCUAAGUUGGUUGUUGGGUCAUUGCUUCUUGUCGCAGGGGUCACAUUUUAUGCUAAUCGGACAGAACGGACUAUUCAAUUGUUUCAACAGCCCGACAUCAUUACCACUAGUAUUGAUGAAGUUUCCUCAAACACAAAGCCUCUGGUCCAGAAAAUACGGAAGUUGCCCAAGAGAAUUAAGAAAUUAAUUGAGAUGCUUCCUCAUCAAGAGAUGAAUGAAGAGGAAGCUUCCCUUUUUGACGUGUUGUGGUUACUGCUCGCAAGCGUUAUAUUUGUGCCCAUAUUCCAGAAAAUUCCUGGAGGAAGUCCUGUCCUUGGAUAUUUGGCUGCUGGAAUCUUGAUUGGACCCUAUGGUCUCUCUAUAAUUCGUCAUGUACAUGGGACAAAGGCCAUAGCUGAAUUUGGAGUUGUUUUCUUGCUAUUUAAUAUCGGCCUUGAGCUCUCUGUUGAAAGACUAAGCUCCAUGAAGAAAUAUGUUUUUGGAUUGGGGUCUGCUCAGGUCUUGGUAACAGCUGUGGUGGUUGGCUUGGCUGCUCAUUUUGUUUCUAAGCUGCCUGGUCCUGCUGCACUUGUGAUUGGGAAUGGCCUGGCAUUAUCAUCUACUGCUGUUGUCCUACAGGUUUUGCAGGAACGAGGUGAGAGCACGUCACGCCAUGGACGUGCAACAUUUUCUGUCUUACUUUUCCAGGAUCUAGCUGUUGUGGUUUUGCUUAUACUUAUACCUCUUAUUUCACCCAAUUCAUCUAAAGGAGGGAUUGGUUUCCAAGCAAUCGCUGAAGCUCUUGGAUUGGCAGCUGUGAAGGCAGUUGUUGCCAUCACUGCUAUAAUUGCUGGAGGACGCUUGCUGCUUCGGCCAAUUUACAAGCAAAUAGCAGAGAAUCAAAAUGCAGAGAUAUUCUCUGCAAACACUCUCCUUGUUAUUUUGGGGACUAGCCUCCUUACUGCCAGGGCUGGCCUUUCAAUGGCAUUGGGAGCGUUUUUGGCUGGUUUACUCCUUGCGGAAACUGAAUUCUCCUUACAGGUUGAAUCAGAUAUCGCUCCAUAUCGUGGCCUUUUAUUGGGUCUCUUCUUUAUGACGGUUGGAAUGUCCAUUGACCCAAAACUUCUUGUAUCAAACUUUCCAGCUAUUAUGGGGACAUUAGGACUUCUAAUUGGUGGCAAGACUCUGUUGGUUGCAGUGAUUGGUAGACUUUUUGGUAUAUCAAUCAUAUCUGCUAUAAGAGUUGGCCUGCUUCUUGCUCCAGGGGGAGAAUUUGCAUUUGUUGCUUUUGGUGAAGCUGUUAAUCAGGGUAUAAUGUCACCUGAACUGUCAUCUUUGCUGUUUCUGGUGGUGGGUAUUUCAAUGGCCCUCACACCAUAUUUAGCUGCUGGAGGCCAGUUGAUAGCAUCUCGUUUUGAGCAGCAUGAUGUCCGAAGCUUAUUACCUGUGGAGAGUGAGACAGAUGAUUUGCAGGAUCAUAUUAUAAUUUGUGGCUUUGGACGUGUUGGCCAGAUCAUUGCCCAACUUCUUUCAGAAAGACUAAUUCCAUUUGUUGCUCUUGAUGUGAGGACUGAUCGAGUGGCGGUUGGGCGUGCACUUGAUCUUCCUGUUUUUUUUGGAGAUGCUGGCAGUCGAGAGGUCCUCCAUAAAGUUGGUGCUGAGAGGGCAUGCGCUGCAGCAAUUACAUUGGAUACCCCCGGUGCAAAUUAUAGAACUGUUUGGGCUCUUAGCAAAUAUUUCCCCAAUGUGAAGACAUUUGUCCGUGCUCAUGACGUUGAUCAUGGCCUCAACUUGGAAAAGGCUGGGGCAACUGCGGUAGUUCCAGAGACAUUGGAACCAAGCCUACAGUUAGCAGCUGCUGUUCUUGCACAGGCCAAACUGCCGACAUCAGAGAUAGCAGCAACCAUCAAUGAAUUUAGAUCUCGCCACCUCUCUGAGCUCACUGAGUUAUGUCAAGCCAGCGGAAGUUCUCUUGGUUAUGGAUUUUCACGGAUCAUGAGCAAAGCCAAAUGUCAGCUGCCCUCGGAUUCUUCAGAUGAUAACCAGAUCACUGAAGGAACACUGGCAAUAUAACUCGAUCGAUCAUCCAAGAUAAACAAAGUUAAUGGUAUUGAACUUCCCCCCUCAAAAAAAAAAAAAAAGUUAAUGGUAUUGAAAAAGAACAUUAAUAAUGAAGAGCUGUAUAGAGUUUACGUGCCUAUUUGGUAUAAAUUGUACAGAAAUAUAGCGGACGAAUUGGCAGUAGCUAGCACACACUUCUUCAUUGAUCAAUGACAUUUUUUUUUUGUUUUGAUAAAUUCUGAUGGACACUUGAUUGUAAAAUUUGUCUAAGAGGACUGUUGUGUUUCUAGUUA